AAAGUUUGGUCAAUGGCUGGAGGUGCAGUCCGUGAAUAUGGCCAUGGGAGCUAUGACAGAAGUAUGGACAGCUAUACCAUGGACAGUGGCAGUGACAGGUUUGGACCUUAUGAGUCUUAUGACUCCAGGUCUUCUGUGGGUGGGCGAGAUCUGUACAGAUCUGGCUAUGGUUAUAAUGAAUCCGAUCAAGGCUACGGAGAUAGUUAUGAUGGCCGAUAUGACAACCCAUACCGGAGUAGCGUUGACUCUUAUGAUGGUAGAAACCAGGGCGGGUCCAACUGGGAUCCGUCUUUCCCACGAGCGAAAGUGAGGACUGGGUUUAUGGAGGACAGAGGAAGAGACAAUUACUCUUCCUACGGCGGUUUUUCUUCACCCUAUAUGAAGCCUGCAGCAGUAGGCUCUCGGGGAAGAGGAAUGCCUGCUUACCACGACAGUGCUUUUGGAGGACCAGCAGCAGGCAGAGGCCGUGGCAGAGGAGGAUUUGGUCGUGGUAUGCGCAGACCUGGUAUCAUGGACUAUAACCCCCAGCCUAUGUCUGGUGGAAUGGCAAGAGGAAUUAAGAGGAAGAUGGUUCAGCCAUUCAAGGCUCCUGUAGGUUUUGGCAAAAAACCAAAGCUGGCAAAAGCUGGAGCAAACCAAAAUGCCAAACCUGCUCCUGCACCGGCAGAGCCAGUUGAUCCAGAAGAGGAAGAGAAGCGCCGCACAGAGGCAAGAAGGGAGAAACAGAGGCGUAGAAGAGAGAAGAACAGUGAAAAAUACGGAGAUGGAAUGGCCUUUACCUGCUCGUUCUGCAAGUUCAGAUCAUUUGAGGAAAAGGGCAUUGAAGAUCACUUGGUCAGUGAAGCUCAUCAGGAGAUGCUAGAUCAUAUCCAGAAACAAACCAAAUUUGACAAACCUGUCAUGGAGUUCUUGCAUGAAUGCAUAGUUAACAAGUAUAAGAAAACUGCUGCACGUAAGGCUCAGGCCACCCAGAAUCAAAACGAAGCUGCGAAAGCUCCAGAGAAAGAUAUUAUGGAAGGAGUUACUCCAGAUGAUCACAUGAUGAAAGUUGAAACUGUUCAUUGCAGUGCCUGCAGUGUGUAUGUACCUGCGUUACACAGCUCUGUGCAGCUGCACCUCAAAUCUUCUGAUCACUCAAAGAGCAAGUUGGCUUACAAAGAUCAAAUAAAGAGAGAAAGCAUCUUGACUGCAACAAGCAUACUGAACAACCCACUUGUAAAGGCAAGAUAUGAACUCUAUUUGAAGGGUGAAAAUCCAUUUGAAACUCAUCCUGAAGAAGCUGCUCAGGAAACGGUUACUGAGGAUGCUGAAGCCAGUACUGGAGCUGAGGGUGAAGUGGCAAAUGCUGUGGAGGCUGAUGUAGAGGAGGCUGAAUCGGAAGACUUCACUGCUGAUCCCUUGACCACAACUGAUGAGAACUAGAUUAGAUAAAUCUGUAGAUCCAUCCUUUUUAAACUGUUGUGCCAUCCCCUUUCAAAGUCUAUGCCCUUGGGAAUCAGAAGCUCCGUGUUUUGCAAAGAAAACUCUUCCUUUGUAUUCUUCUUUGCAUAUUCAUAAAACUUAUUUUGUGAUUUUUUAGCUGUUUGUUGGGUUUAUUUAUCAGGGCUAACUCUGAUGAUAAAAUGCCAGUUUUAUUUUCUGUCAACAUGCUAGGUCCUAGUAUUUUAACCUGAAAAUGCUGUGAAGUCUUGGAAUGUAUUUGUACAAUGUUGGACAGAGUUAGUGUUUAUAUUGUAGUCUGUGACACCAAGUAAUGUGGCAGUGUAAGCUUAUAUUUCUUUUUUACUUUUCUAUUUUGUUUGCUACUUAGAUAGGUGUGUCUCAAAGAUGACAAAUAAAUCUAAACUC